UUCUCUUUCUCCAUCUUUAAUACGUUUUCGUUAUUCGUACGAGACAAGAUCGAUUUAAUAAUAAUUUUCGAUCAUUGAGAUCAUUGAACGUCCUUUUUGAAUUACUUUACGUGAUUUACCUACGUCAAAAUUAAUUCCGAAAAAAAUUUCCAAAUAAUCAAAGUGAUCGUGAGAGAUCGUGAAAAAAAGGAUAGAUAGAUAAUAUUGUGUCGGUGCGUAAGGGUGCGAGAGUGACAUCUGUUUGACGUCGCGAGGGACACUUAUGAAGGGGUUUGACUCCGUACCGAAACUCAGCGUCGAUCAGAUUAAAUAUAUUUGGGACAUCGAUUGGAAGCAGUAGCCGUGCCAAGAGUUGUUAACUGAGAAUGCGCAAUGACACAGCGAAUUUAUCAGUGGUCCACGAGUCCAAGGGAGGCACCGCAGACUAUCCAAAUGGAGCCCCCAAAAUCUCACCGCCCAGAAAAAAUCCUCUCGAGGUACACACAACGAGACACGGAGAAGGAUAAAACGGAAACCGAGUACAUGCUACAACAGAAUGGCGAACCAAUUGAAUUCGUGCCACCUCAGACGAAGGAGGAGGAAAAACCAAUUCAGCAGACACCGACGUUACCACCGGUGCCUUACUAUAGACUCUUCCGAUUUGCUACUAUCGGCGAGUUGAUGUUAAUCUUCGGAGGCCUGAUCAUGGGAACAUUGACGGGUCUCUGUAUCCCGAUUUCUACAAUACAAUACGGUGAAUUCACAACCUUAUUGGUCGACCGUAAUAUGGCGAAUCAAACGAGUACUCCGACGCUUAUAUUGUAUUGGUUCGGAGGAGGAAAGGUCUUAGGACCGAACGCAACUGAGGAGGAGAAAAUGGACGCUCUCUACGACGACUCAGUGGCAUUUGGCGUGUCCUGUGCAGCUUUGUCGUCGCUACAAUUCAUCUUUGCCAUCUUCACUGUCGACUUAUUAAACGUAGCCGCGUUCAGACAGAUCGCCAGAGUACGCAAGAUGUUUCUACGUGCUGUUCUUAGACAGGACAUGAGUUGGUACGACACUAACACAUCCACAAAUUUUGCAAGCAGAAUUACCGAAGAUUUGGACAAAAUGAAGGAUGGAAUAGGCGAGAAGCUCGGUAUCUUUACGUAUUUGAUGGUCUCCUUUAUAUCAUCAAUCAUUAUAUCCUUCAUAUACGGUUGGAAAUUGACAUUGGUUGUGCUUAGCUGCGCGCCAAUUAUCGUCAUAGCCACUGCUGUGGUAGCCAAGGUUCAAAGCUCCUUAACAGCCCUCGAGUUGGCUGCGUAUGGACAAGCUGGAAGCGUCGCUGAAGAGGUCCUUGGUGCCAUCAGGACGGUCAUAGCCUUCAAUGGCGAGCAAAAGGAGGUCGACAGAUACGCGGAGAAGCUUUUGCCCGCAGAAAAAACAGGCAUCAAGAGAGGAAUGUGGUCUGGCGUUGGAGGUGGUGUCAUGUGGUUUAUCAUUUAUCUCAGCUAUGCCCUCGCUUUUUGGUAUGGAGUCCAACUGAUUUUGGAGGAUCGUCCGAAGGAAUACAAAGAAUAUACACCGGCGGUAUUGGUGAUAGUAUUUUUUGGUGUGUUGGCUGGUGCACAAAACAUGGGUCUAACUUCGCCACAUUUAGAAGCCUUUGCAGUGGCCAGAGGAUCAGCUGCUGCGGUAUUUCAAGUACUCGACCGUGUACCAUCCAUCGAUAGUCUUAGCAAGGAGGGUCAGAAAUUAAAAUCGGUUAGCGGUGAUAUAGAAUUCAAAGAUGUUCACUUUCGUUAUCCAGCGAGAAAGGAUAUCCAGGUGUUGCAAGGUUUAAAUUUGAAAAUAAAACAUGGAGAGACCGUUGCAUUGGUCGGUGGCUCUGGAUGCGGCAAAUCGACGUGUUUACAACUCAUUCAAAGACUUUACGAUCCAUUCCAAGGACAAGUAUAUUUAGAUGGCGUCGAUAUAUCGAAGUUAAACGUUCAAUGGUUGCGCUCGUAUAUCGGCGUUGUUGGUCAGGAACCAGUACUCUUUGACACGACAAUACGAGAGAACAUCCGUUACGGAAAUGACAGCGUUACCGAAGAAGAGAUGAUCAAAGCUGCCAAGGAAGCGAACGCUCACGACUUCAUCAGCAAACUGCCGGAGGGUUAUGAUAGUCCUGUAGGAGAGAGAGGUUCCCAACUAUCAGGUGGACAAAAACAAAGGAUCGCGAUCGCACGUGCUUUGGUCAGACGACCAGCCAUACUUUUACUCGACGAGGCUACUUCCGCAUUGGAUCUUCACAGUGAAGCAACCGUUCAGAGAGCACUUGAUGCUGCUUCGAAAGGCAGAACGACCGUUAUCGUGACUCACAGACUCUCUACUAUCACUAACGCCGAUAGGAUCGUCUUUAUCAAGGAUGGCAAGGUUGUUGAAGAGGGUACACAUGAGGAGUUGCUGGCACUUGGCAAACAUUAUCACGGAUUGGUCGCAGCUGAUGCCAGUGCUGCUGCCAAAGCUAAAGCUACGGCGUCCGCAGCGAAAACGGUAACAGCAGCGAAACCUAAAACCCAGAAGGCUCCAUUGAAGAGACAAUUUUCGACCCUAUCUAUGCACUCCCAUCGGUUAUCACUAGCAGGUGGGUCCGAUGCCGGCUCGGAUGCUGGUUUGGAGGAGCACGAAAAACCGUACGAUGCACCGAUGAGUAGGAUACUAGGGUUGAACAAAACGGAAUGGCCUUUCAACUUUAUAGGAUGUUUAGCAGCUGGGACGGUAGGAGCAUCAUUUCCAGCAUUCGCAGUCUUAUUCGGUCAAGUUUAUUACGUAUUGGGUCUUCAAGAUGAAGACGAAGUUAGAAGAGAGACGGUGAACUUUUCGGUGCUUUUCAUCAUCGUCGGUGUGAUAACCGGCAUAGGAACCUUCCUACAAAUGUAUAUGUUUGGUCUAUCUGGGGUCAGGAUGACAACAAGGAUCAGAAAGAUGACUUUUGGAGCUAUGUUGAAACAAGAAAUGGGUUGGUACGACGAAGAACAGAACAGUGUCGGUGCGCUUUGCGCUAGAUUAUCUUCGGAUGCUGGAGCCGUUCAAGGGGCUACAGGAAGUCGAAUAGGUGCCAUACUCCAAGCUCUUUCAACUUUGGUUCUUGGCAUUGGAUUGUCUAUGUAUUAUACCUGGAAGAUGACUUUGGUAUCGGUAGUUUCUAUUCCAUUAGUUCUUGGUGCUGUCUUUUUUGAGGCUAGGAUCAUGAGUGGACAGGGACUUCAAGAGAAGAAAAAAAUGGAAGCGGCUACGAGAAUAGCGAUAGAAGCGAUAUCAAACAUCAGAACGGUUGCGAGUUUGGGCAAGGAGACAGCCUUCUUCAAUCGAUAUUGCGUCGAACUCGAUCAUGUGGCGCAAGCUACCAGGACGAGAAACCGAUUGAGAGGAUUGGUCUUUUCUUGCGGUCAGACUACUCCCUAUUUUGGAUAUGCUCUAAGUCUCUACUACGGUGGUUACUUGGUGGCAAGAGAGGGUCUUAAUUAUCAAGAUGUCAUCAAAGUAUCGGAAGCACUUAUAUUCGGUUCCUGGAUGUUGGGACAGGCAUUGGCUUUCGCGCCGAAUUUUAACACGGCCAAAAUCUCUGCUGGAAGGAUCUUCAGGCUAUUGGAUAGGGUGCCAGAAAUUUCUUCACCACCGGGAUCAGAAGGAAAAGAUUUGGAUUGGAAGGCAGAAGGACUGAUACAAUUUUCAAAAGUGGAAUUCCAUUAUCCAACGCGCCCAGAGAUGCAGAUACUUCGUGGUUUGAAUUUAAUAGUGAAGCCAGGUCAGAUGGUUGCCUUAGUUGGUCAAAGUGGCUGUGGAAAGUCAACCUGUAUUCAACUACUGCAACGCUUGUACGAUCCAAUUUCCGGGACGAUUACUAUGGACCGUCGCGACAUCUCCUCGGUUUCACUGGCCUCACUUAGAUCUCAGCUUGGCGUUGUAGGUCAGGAACCCGUUCUCUUUGAUAGAACCAUAGCCGAGAAUAUCGCUUACGGCGACAAUUAUCGACGAGUUCCGAUGGACGAGAUCAUUGAAGCCUCCAAGAAGUCAAAUAUUCAUAGUUUCGUCAGUUCGUUGCCAUUGGGUUACGAUACGAGACUAGGAUCAAAGGGUACACAGCUUUCAGGAGGUCAGAAACAGCGCAUAGCUAUCGCGCGUGCUUUGGUAAGGAACCCACGAAUCUUGCUCUUGGAUGAGGCAACCUCAGCUCUCGACACUCAAAGCGAAAAGGUAGUACAAGCGGCCCUCGACAAAGCGAUGGAGGGUAGGACGUGUAUCACCAUAGCGCAUCGUCUUGCUACCGUAAGAAAUGCAGACGUGAUAUGUGUCCUUGAAAAGGGUACAGUCGCUGAGAUGGGUACUCACGACGAUCUAAUCGCUGCUGAUGGCCUUUACGCACAUCUACAUAAUCUACAAGAGACCGCCAUGGAAUAGAUAUUUUAGCGCGAGAUUUUAAACUUCCUUCCCAUUCUAUUAUCCCAUUAAUAAUCCCCAUUUUUUUUUCUCUUUCAUAUAUACAUAUAUAUUUACACAUAUACACUUAGGACGAAUGAAUAUUCUAAUUUCGAAGGUUUAGAUCGAAGGAGAGUUUCGUACAAGGACGAAUCGGAUUCGCGCGAAUUUGGAAAUAGAACAAAAAAAAAAAAAAAAGAAAAGAAAAGAAAUGUUCUCUCAAGACAAUGAUAAUCGAUUACUUAAUUUCUUAAUUAAAUAAUACAUAUGCGGCUCCGUCGACUUAACCAUCGUUAGGUUUAAUCGUCGUGAACAUUGAUCGUCGUGAACAAUCGACGAUAUUCUUCUUAAUAUCGUCAAUUUAAAGCGAGAUUCGUUGCCUUCAUUGUUGUCUGUUAGAAUUUAUUUAUCCCAUUUUCCCUGGCCCUCCCCCCCAUCCCUACCCCUACCUCUAUCCCUACUCCAUUUUUUCUCCUUCCCUUUUCUGUGCACCUCAUUUCGUUCCCAUUUUCGUGUUUUACAUUGUUUUUAAACGAUUAAUCAUUUUUACCCGCGUAAAAUAAGAAUAAGGUGAAGAAAAACAACAACAACAACAACAACAAAGAAAAAGAAAUGCAUUGAAUACGACAUGCGCGGUUUUCAUAGAUCUGAUCGAAUAAAAAUGAACGAGAAUUUUUCUAGUGCUACUAUUGCUACUACUACUAGAUACUAUCGUUAUUACUAUUACUACUACUACUCUACUAUUACUACUUCUACUACUACUACUACUACUACUACUAUUACUACUACUAUUACUGCUACUACUACUACUACUACUACUACUACUACUACUACUCUUAUUACUACACAUACACAUACGUAUAGAGAGACAUACUUCAAAGAGGAUUUCAUUCUUGGCAAUCAUCUUACGAUUAAAUCAAAUCAAGAAGAAAAAGGAACGUAUGUAUUUACCAUUACGCUCGCAUAUCGAUAGAAAAGAAAUUGCCGAUUUAUUUUUGAUUAGAUUUUCCUUGAAAUGAAAUACAUGAGAUAUAGUAAAACUAGAAAGAGAGAGAGAGAGAGAGAAAAAAAAAAGAAAAGAAUAGAAAAGAAUAAAAAAUGGGAAAGCUUUUUCGGUAGCUUCUCGACUUUUCGAAUUUCAAAGAGAUAGUUAUAUUCUAAUCCAUUUUGAAUAUUAUCGACCGAUAACAUCGUUCUCUUUUGUUUAUCUUUUUUCUUUUUUUUUUUUUCUUCUUCUUUUUUUUGAUCGUUGCAUUCUUUGUGUAUUUUAAUUUUUUUCCUACUUUUCUUGAGAACGCGAGCGUUCCAUAAAAAAUUUACGUACUCUCUCUCAUCGUCACGAUGUUACGAACUGGAUUUUAUGUGUAUUUUCGUUCUUAUUGUUUUUUUUUUUUUUUUUUUCCCCUCUCUCAUAUUUACUUACGAGAGGCCCCGAAAUUGACACUUCUCUUAACUCGAGGUUUAAUGAAUUUUCGAAGAUAGAGCCCGAACGUAUGAGGCUCUCGUGCGAGGCGAGAUCUCAUAAAUUUACGUCAACUAAACCCUCACGUGCCUUAAUAAUUAGAUACUCACCGAAAUGAUUAUCAAGGGUGUAGACCUUGCGUUCUUUGUGAGGGACAGAGAUACGUGUGAAGAGAAGAGAUAAGAAGAUCCUUGAUUAAGAUCUCGUCGUAUUUUCUUCUGUUUUUUUUCUUUUUCUUUUUCUUUCUAAAGAUAAAAGAUCAAAUUUAUUUUGAUUUAUUUGAUCAUUCAUUUUGGAUUUCUCGUAAUAUAUAUUUAUUUUUUUUCCUUUUAUUUUUUUAUUUUUUUUUUUUUUUGUCAUCGUGUCGCCAGAGAUAUUAGACAUUUUGGAUUUAGUCUAGCGAGAUAAGAUUUAGAGAAAGAAAUAGAGAGCAAGAGAGAGAGAGAAAGAGAAAGAGAGAAUUUAUAGGAAGAGUCGUUUACAGCGUACCGAGAACUUCGACGAAGCGUGGACUUAACAAGAUUUCUCCGUAGUCGACCAUGAAAUCGGUUUUGAUUUACUCGAUAAUUCGAUGUGAGUGGAGAGAGAGAGAAAAAAAAAUAUAUAUAUAUAUAUAUAAUGCAUUUUCUCCUUCUCUACUUCUUUCUCUUUUUUCUCUUUUUUUUUCUCUUUUUUUUUUCUCUUUUUUUUUUACUUUUUUUUUUCCAUGCACGUUCGAAUAACAACGAGCGUUUGGACGUAUUAAUAAUCAAAAAUAUUGCUAUUUGAUAUCGCAUUGAUAAUUUUUAAUAAAAUUUUCGAUGAUCGUUGAAAAUUUUGAUAAAAGGAAAAAUUUUAAAUCUCCAUUGUGUUAAUAAAAAAAAAAAGGAAAAAAAAAGGAAAAAGAAGUAAAAAGAAAGAAGAAAAAAAAAGGAGUAAGAACAAACAAGACAGAAUGAAAAUAUAAUGCGAAAGAUCUCGACGGGAUAUAACGGAAAACUGUCAUGAAUUUUUUUUUUCUAUUUUUUCUUUUUUUUCUUUUUUUUUUUGUGAAGAACGCGAACAACGCGUAUAAAAUAAAUAAAGAUCAACAUGAAAAAAAUAACAUAAAAGGAUCUUUAUCUUUUCCAAAGAACGCAACACCCUAGAAAGAAACUCUAUUUGACGUUAAACGGGUAGAACUUUUUUUAUUUUUUUAUUUUAUUCCUUUUUUUCUUUUGAGAAAGUUCGUUAAAAAAAAAAAAAAAAAACAAAAAAAAAAAAAGAAAAAAAAAGAAAAAACGAUCGUGUGAAUUCUCUUAGAAAUGGCAUAUAGAUAUCUAUCCUGUCUAUUUUUAUGCUUUCCGGAAAAAAAAAGAAAAAAAAAUUCUCUCGGCACGAUUCGCGAUGCCUUAAACGUGAUGUUUAACGUGCGAACAAACAAAAUAAUAAUAAUAAUAAUGAUAAUAAUGAUAAUAAUAAAAUAACUAAGAAACAACGAUAACAAUGAGAAAACGAGAACGUUGAUCCAUCGUGUUGUUCGAAUGAGAACGGGCCUUAUUUAAAGCUUUACGAGAAUAAAAUCAAUCUUAAUAAUUUAAUAAUCAAGCUUUAUGGUACUUAAUAUACACAAACAACACAUACACAUUAAUAUUGUUAACCAGUGUAAUGGGGCUAUCACAAUGCUUUUUACUAUUCGCAAGUUGACAAUAGGAAUAAAUGCCAUCGAUGAAAUGAAAGAAAGGAAAAUAAUAAAAAUAGAGAGAGAGAGAGAGAGAGAGCGAGCGAGCGAGCGAGAGAGAGAGAGAGAGAGAGAGAGAGAGAGAGAGAGAGAGAGAGAUAGUGUAUAUCGCGUUAGAAGAGUAUACACGUUUUACGCCUGGUAAAUCGCAUACAAUAUAAAAAUACGAUCGUGAAAUAGAAACAGCAGAGAUAGAGAAAGAGAGAAAUAAAACUCAACG